AGUAUCAUAUACGCGUGCAAAUUUAGCAACAAAAUUUUAAGAUCCAAGAAUUGUGGGUUUGUCUCGUUGCUGAGUCAGGCAGUUUCAAUUUGUCAUCUUCAAGCGCGCCUGGAGCUCAAACUUUAUGACCCUUUGCUUGGUGGGUAGGCUUCAAAUCUCAUGCCCUCUGAUCUGGAAAGUGUUUCAUGGUUAGCUUUUACCAUUUCUGGUUGUGGGUACUGAUAGUUCGAGGUGGUUUCAAACGAUUCAAGGCAAUUUUGUGAGAUGCUGUUAAUCUGCUGUUGUUGCUGCUACAUAUUUCUUGGCCAGUAUUGCAGAUAUAGAACUUCCCUGCUAAAAGAUAUCUGCUUAGAUCUUUGUUUGAGACUAUAGUAAACAUGGUUCAGACGCUAGAAGCUAUUAAGGGUGGUGGAGGAUCCAUCAGGGUCGGUACCAUGGGAUCUAUUAGUUCCCUGAUGGCGAGGGAACUGGAUUCUAUUAAAUCUGCACCUCGGAUGUCCUUAUCUUCCCGGACCAAACCUCAGUCAGUACCUGCUUCAGUUCCCUGUGGUGCUACAGCUCCUAAAAGACUACAGCCAAGAAAAUCAUCGGAUGAGCCAAGCAGCAGCUACAUUGAUCAUAGAAGCAUUGAUAUUACCAGGAAAACAAACGGCUACACUAGAAAUACCCAUCAAAUACCAAUGCUCAUCUCUGAUAGUAUUAAUCUUGAUAGAACUCCUAGUAGGGGAAAAACUGACAAGAAAGCAUCUAAGAUAGUUGAAAUUGUGGAUAUAAAAUGUGGGAACCAGGAUAGAGCAUGGGCUAGCCCCAUAACAAAUCGUCUCAAGAAGCUGGGAUUCUCAAAGCUAUCUGAGAGCAUUAUCUAAGCCUGAAACUUCUUCAGAUCUGAUUUAAGGUUCCUGUAGCUGAAACCAGAACUUCCAACUGGUAGAUUGCUGUCUGAAAUUUCCACCAUAGAACAUAUACUUGGUAUGAGCCUGCUGCGUUUCUUUUUCUUCUUUUGCGUUGCUAUGUCAGAUCCAAAAGUGGUUCUGGAAUGACUACUAGAGGAGGCCAUGGUUGUUAUGUGGAACUGAGGCUUCUGUGAGCUACCUUGGCAGCUUAAUUCAAGCCGGCUGAAGUACUCAAUUUCUUUCAUUAUCAGGGCUCCGAUGGUGCCUCUAGCACCUAUUUCUACAGGAUUAUGUACCGUCAUUUCUUGAUCAGGGACCUUCAUGGCCUUGGUGCUGGAUUGACGCAUGUUUUGUUUAAUUUGUGUGAAGGAGGCUUGUGGAUGAAGAGAGGUGGGUUUGGGUCUCGUCUUGGUGGGGAAGUUUUGAGUCUGAGUCAUUUGGUUUUGCAUUUUUACCUGGUGAUUGAUGAUUCACACGAACUCUUUAGCUUAUGUUCUUCAUCUUAAAUAAAAGACCAGCAGAUUUUCCCUGA